AUGGAUCGUCGCGGCUCGGCGGUUACACCCCUCGAGCUUCGACUAGUAGCAGUCUUACUGAUCAUCACUGUCGCCCCCGCCGCCGCUGGCCGGCGGAUAGACUCAUCCGGUACAACGACAAACGCCGACUCCGCCUCCGCUGGCAGCGCGACCUCCCCCGGUAGUACCGCGACCUCCCCCGGUAGUACCGCGACCUCCCCCGGUAGUACCGCGACCUCCCCCGGUAGUACCGCGACCUCUGUCGACGCGACAGCUGGCGCGGCGGCAUCGGACCUCUCGGAUUUAGCGGUGGACGCGAAGACGCAGGCGGAGAUUAGAGCCCUCGCGCCGCUGAUGGGCAGCGCGGACCUGACGGGCGUCGAUAAGCCGCCCACGCGCGCGUCCUACUUAACUAAAGACGCGUUCGCGGUGGCGGUGCGCAAGAGGAUCGCGCAGGUGAAGCGGCGCGUGCAGGCGGGGGGAGGCGGUGGGAAGGGGCGAAGUGGGAAGGGGCGCGGUGGGAAGGGGCGCGGUGGGACGGGGCGCGGAAUGAGCACGGGCUCCUCCCGCUCUCCUCCCUGUCCUCCCCUCCCUGCCCCUUCCCCCCCUUCCCCACCGCCAGACCGCAGUCUGGGCUACGUCCCUCUCCUCAGCACGGAUCUCGCCAAGCUGCCCAAGCUCAACACCGUCUCGCGCUACCUCACCGUGGGUCUCACGCUCGACCCCACCACCCAGAAGCUCACGUGGGAUUUCAAGCGCAGUGUGGACCACAGCUGGCUGUUUGAGACCGACGGCAACUUCGACCAGGGCAACUGCGCAGUUGCUGCUGCUGCUGCUGCUGCUGCUCCGGGUGUUUGCUCCUGCAGCCACCCUCAAGCCACAAUAAACACACGUCCCUCCUCCCGUCCAUCCUCCCGUCCUCCCUCCCUUCCUCCCUCCCGUCCUCCCUCCCGUCCUCCCUCCCCUCCUCCCUCCCCUCCUCCCUCCCGUCCUCCCUCCCGUCCUCCCUCCCCUCCUCCCUCCCGUCCUCCCUCCCCUCCUCCCUCCCCUCCUCCCUCUCCUCCCUCCCCGCCCAGGUUCCUGCUGGGCAUACGCCGCAUAUGCUCUCGUUCCUGCUGGGCCUCUGCAACGGCCAGGGAAAUCCAGGCCGCGUAUGCUCUCGUGGCCCGCACUGACUCGUUCCCCGGCGGCACAAGGCUGUCCGUGCAGCAGCUGGUGGACUGCACGGGCGCUGCUGCUACUCUUGUUGCUGCUGCACUGCACCACACUGCACCGCACUGCACUUGUGCUGCUGCACCUGUCUCCCUCCUCAACUCAAGCAGCACAACACCCCUCUCCCCUUCCCUUCCCCUCCGCCCUCUUCUCCCAGGUUCCUGCUGGGCGUAUGCAACAGCCAGGGCAAUCCAGGCCGCGUAUGCUCUCGUCGCGAAUCCGGACUCCUUCCCCAGCUGGACUCGGCUGUCAGUGCAGCAGCUAGUGGACUGCACUGGCGCUGCUGCCACGUGCCGGGGGGGGUACCCCGAGGCUGCCCUGCAGUACGCGGCCAAGAACGGGCUGCAGGAUGAGGCGGGAUAUGCCUACACGGGUGUGGACACGAAGUGCCUCUACCUUAACGUGUGCCUCUACCUUGACGUGUGCCUCUACCUUAACGUGUGCCUCUACCUUAACGUGUGCCUCUACCUUAACGUGUGCCUCUACCUUGACGUGUGCCUCUACCUUAACGUGUGCCUCUACCUUAACGUGUGCCUCUACCUUAGCGUGUGCCUCUACCUUAACGUGUGCCUCUACCUUAACCCCAAGUACAACAUUACCAUGUACGAGCAGGUGCCGCUACCGGGGCCGCUGGGGCUCAUUCUCGCGCUGCAGAAGCAGCCCGUUAUCGUCACCAUCCGCGCCUCCUCCCAAGACUUUAUUGACUACUCGGGCGGCAUAUACGAGGGCGUAUGCUGCUACAGCCCGCUGGGGACGGUAUUGCAUAGCGGAGGAAGAGGAGAAGGAGGCGAUGGGUACGAAGCGACGGCCACAGCGACGAACAACACGGGGCUGCUGGACCACGUGAUGCUGGCCGUGGGGUAUAACUAUGAUGCGCCCGGCAGCUGGGAGAACUACUUCAUUCUGAAGAACAGUUGGGGGCCGCAGUGGGGCGAGGGCGGGUACAUGAAGAUUAAAAUGGAGAACGGACCGUUUGGCACGUGCGGCAUGCUGGUGAACCGCGGGCUCUACCCCGUUGUGAAUGUCCCUCGGAGCACUGACCCCUGCAGCACGUCACCCUGUGGGGGCGGCACGUGUGUGGCGGACGGGAGUGGCAACGGCAAGUACACGUGUCAGUGCACGGACCUGCUAGCACCGGCUGUCAACCGCGACGGCACUCCCACCUGCACCGUCGUCAAUGUGUGCAGCAUUCUACCCAACAAUCCAUGUGCCGUGGGUCGGUGCAUCAACAGCGGCGACGGCGGUUACUCGUGCCUCUGCCCGCCCAACUACAAGCCCAGCCUGCUCGCCUCCGGCCAGACCACCUGCGUGCCGGACAUGUCAACGGGUACUUCAGCAGCAGCGAUGCAAAGGACGUACACCGUGCAGGGGGGCGAGACGUGUGGCGCCAUCUCUGGCUUCAUCGGCCUCACCCAGGAGCAGUUCCUCCUGCAGAAUGAUGACGUGGACUGUGACAAUCUCAAGGCGGGUCAGGUUCUGAACAUCUCCAUCCCCUCCUCGGCUCAAGUGUGCCGCGUGCGCUACUCUGUCACUCAGGCGGAUGCAGCAGCAAAGAGCUGUGAUCCCAUCAACAAUCGCUUUGGCAUCGACGUGACGACCAUCAACCCCAGCCUUGAUUGCUCAAGCCUUGUGCCCAACCAGCAGAUCUGCAUUCAAGUGGGGGACGCGGUCUCAGGAGCAGCGGACUACAACCUGUGCACCAACUACCUGCCAGUCAACGAGUGGACCACCUGUGCCGACCCUGUCGACUCGUACGGCCUCUCCUGGCUCGACCUCUACCGCCUCAACCCCGGCCUCAACUGCGACACUCUCUCCUCGCUCACAGGCUCCGAGAUCUGCAUAGCCGGCACGCCGUUGGGAGCGGUGGCGUGCGGUAAGGCGCGGUCGAAGACGGUGGCGAACCGGCGGUACACGGUGGGGGCGGGGGACAGCUGUGCGUCGCUGGUGGUGGUGCAGUUCCAGCGCCAGCCGCCGCUCGUGGGCCAGCUCAACCGCAACUGUAUGCGCAGCUCCCAGAGCCUCUUCCAAGGCAUGCCCCUCUGCAUCCCCUCCUAG